AUGUGCGCGGAUCACGAUCACGCGCGCGUGGCGCCGGCCGACGACGCCCACCACCACCCGGUGGCGGUGGAGGAGCAGCAGGUGCCGGAGGCCGUGCACUCGCCGCGGCUGAUCAAGCAGACGCGGUUCCACUCGCAGCCCAUCCUGAACCUGCACCCGUCGUCGUCCAAGAACGUCGUCGACGAGGCACGGCGGGGCGACGGCAGCAGCACGCGCGACAAGCGGUUAGACCCGUUCAAGACCUUCUCCGGCCGCCUCGAGCGCCAGCUGUCCAACCUGCGCGGCCGCCCGCAGGAGCCCGUCGACGGCAUAUCCCCGGACUCGAAGAUCUCCGAGGAGGAGACCGACCAGGUCCCCGCCGCCGACCGCUACUUCGACGCCUUGGAAGGACCCGAGCUCGACACGCUCAGGGCCACGGAGGUGCCGGUGCUGCCGAAAGACGAGAAGUGGCCAUUCCUGCUGCGGUUCCCCAUCAGUGCGUUCGGUAUGUGCCUGGGCGUGAGCAGCCAGGCCAUCCUGUGGAAGACGCUGGCGUCGGCGGCGCCGACGGCGUUCCUGCACGUGAGCCCCGUGGUGAACCACGUGCUGUGGUACGCGAGUGCGGCGCGAGUUCUACCACCCGGUCCGCGCCAACUUCUUCGCGCCGUGGAUCGCGUGCCUGUUCCUGGUGCUGGGCGCGCCGCGGCUGGUGGCGGAGAUGCACCACGGCGUGUGGCGGUGCGCAUCAACUUCUUCCGGGGUUUCCGCUUCUCGCUGGCGUGGUGGGCGUACACGUUCCCGAUGACCGGCGCGUCCGUGGCGACCAUCACGUACGCGACGGAGGUGACCAACGUGCUGACCCGGGCGCUCUCCAUCGGGCUCGCGGGCAUCUCCAACGUCACCGUCGCCGGGCUGCUGGUGACCACGGUGUUCCACGCCUUCGUGCUGAGGGACCUCUUCCCCAACGACGUGUCCAUCGCCAUCACAAGAAAGAAGCCCAAGUUCAGCAAGAUCCUGGCGCAUUUUCGCUCGUCCAACUCCGACAUGAAGGAGCUCGUCUUCUCCCUCUCCAACCGAAUACGGUGGCGCAGUCCGACUCCGGCGACACCAAGACCGACCCCGUCCUUGGUCGGCGUGGUUGGAAUGAAUGAGCAGACGGCCAUCGAUGGCAGCAACAACACCACCACCACCACAAGCGGACGGGAUCAAGACGAGAAGAACACCGACAAGAGCACGAACGAAACCGGCGGCCAGGUUGACAAGAGCGAAGAGGAGGCGUCCACUGACGACAAGAGCACCGGCGUUCAGGCUGACAACACUGUCCAGGAGGAGGCAUCCACCACUGACGAUAACAACGCCGGCGGCCAGGCUAACAACAGCACCAAGGAGACACCGACAGUCGAAGGAGACCGUUGGCGGCGACGACGGCACGGCCAAGAACCAGAGGAGCUUCGACGACACGAAUGGCAGUUUGGACGGCGCACUGCCCGUGAAAGAAGACGGGAAUGUCGCUGA